AUGGCCUUGUCGUCCGCGGGGAGCGUUGGCAGUCGCCGAACCCCGCAGCGUCAGCGUAGUUACCUCUUUGACGACAGCGAAGACGAUAGCAACAACGACGCCGGGCUGUCGCAAAGUGACGUGAUAUCCAUUGCAUCGUCGGACUCGUCGUCCGUCGAUUCCCGAACGACGUCGACCCUCAACAGUUCCGCGAGUUUGCCCAGCACGCACCACGCGACGCACACGACUUUUUCGCAACUCACGGCUCUGACCGUGACGGGUUCGCCCAACGCUGCGCUCGCCACGCAAGCGUCGACCUCACUUUUCUCUCCCGGACGUGCCAUCCCGCACGGUGUCACCGAAACGAAGGAACGGUCGUCCCCAUCCCGCACUGUCGUCCAGGCCCAUCUGCUCCCCGCCGAUUCGCUAGCGACGCUCUCGGCUCCCCUCGGACUCGGAGAAACGGUACCCACGCUCAAGUUAAGUAGCAAGGUGUCGACUCUGAGUAGAACCAACAGUCGCACCAAGAAUAACUCCACCGACUCGGCUCCGUCCGCGAAACGCAAGUCGGCCCCCGCGCUCGAAAAGAAGAAAAAAGAGCCAACACACUCCAGUCAGGUUUUAGAAACGGAAACCGCGACUCAGUCGACCACUAGUUCCAAAAAGCGACCCAGCCCCCAACCUAAGCAUCCAAAGGCCAAAAAGGGUAAAACAUCCACCGCUACCGCUGUUGUCACCGCCCACCGGGGUGACACCGUGGCAGCACCAGACGCUACGAAAGACGAGGUGACCCAAAAUGCCUGCGGGAAGGACGCCGACGACGCCGCUGCCUCUUUGACGAACACUAGUACCCGCGAGGAAAAGGAAAAUGUACAAUCCGUCCCGACCCAGGCACAACCUUCUACCGUCGAGAUUCCGGUUAAAGGCGCAUCGCCAUCAGUUCCGGUUUUGGCGUCCAGCAAAAAAAAGAAGAAAAAACUUAAUUUUCAGGACCAGGUCCUCCAGCACAUAUUGUUGGCCUUCAAACCCUUUUCUCUCAAGUCGCUGGCUCUCGAGCUAAAAACCACAGACACGGCUUUGAAUUACGUCAUGCUUUCGCUGAUUGACAAGAAUUUGGUCGUCACGAAAGAUUUUACUUCCGCCAAGGGCCGGACCAAAACCCUGUACUGGGCAAACUACGGGGCCAAAGCGAAAGAAGUAGCCGUGUCCAUGGCCAGUCAAGACGAUAUGGCGACCACUAAACGUGAGCUUACCAAUCUCCAGGCUCAAUAUGCGGGUUUGCAGCGGAAUAUGGACGGGAUGGCGUCCGAAUUGUCCAAUGAAGAGCUCACUGCAAAUCUGACCGCCGCCGAGACAGAAUUGACGACUCUCCGAGCCAAAGUGGAAGCCGUCCAUACUCGCAUUCGCAAUGUUCGGGCGGGACCAAGUGGAGGAAAGACGUCGAAACCUCUCCAGCAGCAAAGCGGUCCUCCGAAGAGUGCGGCCCAACUAGCCAAGGAACGUUGCCCCCGUCGCCUCAAGAUUCGUAUCAAUGCCAUGCGCGGCGAAUGGAAAGCUCGCAAAGAGAAGUGUACCGAUUUUAUUGACCAGCUCGCGGAUGGCAUGGAAAAAAAGCCAAAGGAAGUUAUCAAAGUCUUGGAUCUGGAGACGGACGAAAUGGUAGACGAUUGA